CAAACACUAUACUGCAUCAUAUAUUAGAGGGUUGUUUUCGCCGACAGCUGUCGCUGAUGCGCGCAACUCAUUUCGUGCUGGGCAUUGCUGCACUCCAAACGUUCUGGCCACCACCUUCUUUUAUUUUUUUAUUUUUUGUUUAUAUUUUUUGAGUGUUGUUUUUUCGUUUGACGGGCAUCAAUAAGUAGCUCCUCGUUGGUUGUUUACCACGUCAGAUCAGUGCCGAUGGUCUUCCGAUCAGCGCGUGUCUCCGCUUGUGUACGGCACUGAAAUACGUUGAUUUGAAAAUAUGUGCAACAACAGCAACAGUGCGACUUUGUUUUCAUCAUCAGCACAGCGAAAUUGAAUUGAAAUAAGCAGCAAGAUGCCGGGCAAUCAUUUUGGCUGGAGUUUGUCGGACGCCGUUGACAAUCCGCGGCAGACGGGCCUGGUCAAUUUCCGUCGCUACAAACUGUUAGAGUAUCAAAGUAAGGCCGGUGCUGGCGUAUCUGCUGGUGACGAUGAAGACCUUGCUGCGACCAAUCAGUUCCAUCGUCUCAUAUCGGAAGAGACGACAACGACAACCCGGCUGAUGGGAGCCGACUUGGAUUCGUCCGCCGCCGCUAUCCCUCCACCAUUCAGCCGACCGUCGGUGAAACCUUACUACGGACGUGAAAAUUCUGUUUCUCAGUGCUCCGACAGUUGUUUCGGCUCCGACUACCCAUCGCUCACUAGCACAGGUUCACCCGAACCGCCGGAAUUCCCCAGUGAGGUGAAUAUGGAACGUGGAAGACGGUGGAUGAACUUAUCAGAGGCCGGCGCCAAUCAAUCGACAGGAUGGACGGAGAGAAUGGACGAGGUGCCCCGUACAUCGUCGGGUCCGCCUUCGACGACGUCGGCGACCACCGACGUCUGGCGGGGCUCCAUCCAUUACGCCAAGGCCGUGAUGGAGCGACGGGAGGGCGAAAUCUCCAGCAUGUACGACCAGCUGCACGAAAUCGAGGACGAUUUGACGUCGAUGAACAAUCAAGUCGGCAAAGUCAGCUCGACGCUGCAGCACUGCAACAACCAAGUGACGCAACAACAUCGACGACGAUGCAAUCAGCAGCAGCAGGACGCGUCUCAUCGGCCCCCCAUGAUGUCGUCCCUCUAUCAAUCUCAAUCCGUUUCUUCCUUGAACUGCAUCCAGCAGCCAAACUCAUCGCCGUUCUCAUCGUUCGCCAGCAGCAGCGGCCGAAAUCAGCAAAGGAGAUCGGCGGCCUCCAACGCUAAUGCCGCCUGGUCCUGUCGCAACCUCAACAGCCUGACCGAAGACGAAAUGGCCGAUAUUGUCCACCGGCUACUCACGCGCAUAUGCGAAUUCACUCUGGCCAGACAGGAAGGCCGAAAUGAUAUUCCUUUAAUCGUUUAACUCUAGAUCUAGUUUAGGUUACGUCUAGUUAAUUUAAAAUGUAAUAUUGAAAGAAAUUCAGAUAAUUGUAAUAAUGAGCUACACAAAGUUCUCAGAGAUGAUCACGAUUGUCGCAUCGCAGUUGAAAACCACCUCCCGCCGAUCUAUACUAAUGAACGACAUAUAUAUUUGAUAUUUUUUGAACAUUGUUCUUAGUUGCAGCAUCAGCAAAGUACCUGUGAGAUGAUGAUCUCAUUCUUCACAAUGUCCCACAGUUAAGAAUAAUAUUAUAUAACCAUUUCGUGACUUUGGUUAUUAAUUGAUUGUCCAAUUUUUUGGGGUGGGCUAUUCUUUUUCAGCUCCUUCGAUCGAAAUCCUGUAGACUUUACAACCCUAAACGCUAAACUAUUUAUGUUCGGGAUGUGAUAAUCAGCAUGCUAUUGUUAUUCUUGUAUUGAUGCAUUGCCGUUAUGUAUAUGUAUAAUAUGGACAUUAGAUAGUCAAUAUAGAUUGAGUCUCAGGUAUUGGGCAGAUUUCAGGCGCUAGACGUUUAUAGAGCCGAAAAGUCCAGGAUAUGAUGACGUGAUAUUACAACAUCAUCAUUCACGAUAGGCCUAUAUGCCUAUACGCAAAGCCCUAUCCAUUUGCAUGCACGCGUUAAGAACGAUAUUUAAGGAGCGUAUCGAUCGGCAUCGGCUAUUUGACAAUCAGCUUAUAAUGUGCUACAUAUUGCGCUCAUGUCGGAGUAGAGUGUAGAAUAUCCAUAAUGAUAUUACAGUCGAUAAUGAGAUCGAGUCACACACCCACACGAACACCCUGGAAAUAUUCAAAUUGAGUUUUUAUUUUAUUAUUUACAUUCGGCCGCAUAUGUAGGCCUAAAUUUAACAUACCAGGAUUAUUUUUGCAGACUGCCUCGGGGAUAUUGUGCGAAAAAAUAAUAAUCUUAUUACGUAACAGUAAAAAAUAAAAAGGUCAAUCUCCUUACGGCCGGAAGAAAAGUCGUACAAUCCCCCAGCCACUGCUGUUUGAUCUUUUCUUGUGCGGAUCAGCUUUUUAAAAAAAUGAUCACGAAAUUAGAAAACAUCGUCACACGAACUGUUCAUGAUAGGCUACAUAAAUUUCCAAUAGAGACGUAUAUUAAGCACAUUGUGGCUAGAUUUCCCGCGAUGUUCAAUGUUUUAUAUUGUCGUGAUGAUUUGAAUAAUUUAGAUAGAAUGCGGUUGCCAUGUCACAAAAGAUAUCCAGCUCUUGAUAAGGCGCCUUGACGUCAAUUCGCGGAUGUGCUUUCGACAUUCGCGUGCGGGAGCAGACAACCAAAUAUCUGCAGCAGGACAUCAGCAGUAUACACGCGCGUCACAAUAUAUUUUAUUUGUUUCUCUGCUAGUCGUUGCUGCUGUUCCAUCAUUCCUGCCGAUACACAAAAGUGACAGGCAUGUCAGUGUGACUGAAUGUCUUGAGGUCGAGUUCGAUUCAGUCUGUUGGCGUGUGAUAUAUAUCCUGUGCGGGAUAAGAUUCCUUUUUGGCUUGGCCUACUGCUGGCUGGCUGGCGCGGGCUUGCACCACCACCACAUGUUUUCUCUCGUCCGCCGUAUUAUUAUUGUAACUCGGCUAGAAAUAGAAAUAAAGGCUCUGUCUCUCUGUCUCUGCUGCUGGAACAAACCGCACGCAGAUGGAAUGCUUCAGAUUCUGACAUCGGGAGAAGAAGAAGAGUCCGGAACGUGUGUGGCGUGAGAUGCGCUCAGCACGCGGUUACUGAUAUCCCACUUGAAUGUGUACAGCGAUGCGAACAAUCGAUCGCCGAAAGAUCGCCAAUCGUCCAAUGCUCCACCCCUUUCACCACAACACAAUGAGGUUGAAACUGUACACACAUACGUGGCCAAACGGGAGAGACAAAACAACCCACCAAAAAAUCAUUGAGAUCGAUCGGACGAAACACCGGGAGUAGACGAGAAGGCAGUUGAGGCUCAUUCCCGGACUGUGCUCGCAUCCUUAAAAUAAACCACGACGACGACGACGACGACGACGCUUGAAUAAAAACAAAACAAAAUUAUUUUUUGAAACGCCCUCCACAGAGAGAAUAUCAGCUGCGUCCCACCCGUCCAGUGAGUAGAGUAUAGCGCAUCACGUUGAAUAACGGUUGACUCUGCACGAGCGCUUCGGGACAGCAGAGAUAUUUUCGGCAUCAUUUUCGGAGGACGUACGGAUAUCCGAGACUGAUCGUCUACGCAUAUAAAUAAAAACACAGCACACAACAACAUACGGGGGCCUAUAGCAGGGCAGCAUCUUACACACAGCUAAUAGUAAAAGCCAACCAUUUCUUUUGGCUGUGUCGUGUGUACUACGCCACUCACGCUGUGUGGGGGGACAAAAGAUGCGAAUUGUUUUCUCCACCCGCAAC